UCAGUUACUCGCUGCCAGCCGUCCCCUCCUCUACACGAUCUUGAAUUACCUGACUACCCGGUGGAUUAAUAUUGCAGGAGCAAUGGCUGUGAAUCCGCUAGACCUCUGGAACCAUUGGGCGACCCAGAUUCUGGUGCUUUUGAGCCUCGCGCUUCAGGUUGUCCUCCUCCUCCUCGCGGGGAUCCGAAGGGGUGAAGCUUCCACCGUGCCGAAGCUCCUCCUCUGGCUUGCCUACCAACUGGCCGACUCGACCGCGAUAUAUACCAUCGGGCACCUGUCCAUCAGCGCCACGGCAGAUAGGCACCAACUCGUGGCAUUCUGGGCACCCUUCCUCCUCCUGCACCUCGGUGGCCCGGACAACAUCACGGCGUAUUCGCUCCAGGACAACGAGCUGUGGCUGCGCCACCUCCUGACUCUCGUCGUGCAGGUCCUCGGAACUGCUUAUGUGCUCUACAAGCACAUCGCCGGCAAUGGCUCCUUGGUUGUGCUGGCCUCCAUCUUGAUGUUCGCAGUCGGUGUUGUAAAGUAUGGCGAGAGGACAUGGGCGCUCAGGCGUGGCAACAUGGAUAGCAUCCGGGGCUCUCUCAAGAAGCAACCACCCUCCAAACAUACUCACUUUCACCCACAGGAUCAGGGGUUAGACAAAGAAGAAUUCCAGUUGCGGAGAGCUCACACGUUAUUCCACAUCUGCAAGCGUGCCAUUGUUGAUUCUUCGGUCAACAUUGACUCAGAUGACCAUGAUACCUCCGAGAAGCUUGGGAGGCAACGGGCUAGGUAUAUGUGGUUGUUGAUGGAGAUGGAGCUCUCCCUCAUGUAUGACAUCCUGUAUACCAAAGCGGCAGUCAUUCAUCCUGUAUACCAGUAG